CUCUCUGAAAACAUGGUGUUGAAAGGAAUCCCCUCCGUGCUCUCACCUGAGCUGCUCUACACUCUGGCUCUAAUGGGCCACGGGGACGAACUGGUUCUGGCUGAUGCUAAUUUCCCAGCAUCCUCCACUUGUGCCUGUGGCCCCAAAGAGAUAAGAGCUGACGGUUUGGGAAUCCCACAGCUUUUGAAGGCCAUUUUGAAGCUGUUUCCCCUGGACACCUACGUCCCCUUUUCGGCUGCAGUCAUGGAUCUGGUGGACAGUGACAAUCGGAAAGGUUUACUUGUGCCUGUGUGGGACACCUACCUAGAGCUCCUGAAUGAGGCUGGGUAUCAGACUUCUCUUCAGAAGGUUGAGAGGUUUGCUUUCUAUGAACGAGCCAAGAAAGCCUACGCUGUUGUGGCGACAGGGGAAACCGCACUUUAUGGAAACGUGAUACUGAAGAAGGGGAUCAUUCCUGCUGAGCUGCUGCAGUGAUGCACAUAUUUGUAAGUGGCAUGGUUGAAUGCCACCGUGCUCUACCACACACAGCUAGAGACAAGGGUGUUGCUUUUCAGCAUUUUAAUUCCCACCACAUACACGUGAAAAAACAUAAAUAAACUAACUUUAAGGGUCUAGCUUUGCAGCUCAGUCCUUUUCUGCUUUCUCUUCUGUGUCACUUCUCCCAUGUGUGUCACUGUGACUGUCCUCAGAGGCAGCCCAGUCGCUGCCUUUUAAAUGGGAGGAUCAUUCGGCACAAGUGAGAGCUGUAAGCUGUGGUGCUCUCCCAGCCCCCUCACCUCCACAAUGACCUAAUAACGAGUUCAGCCCAGUGGUGGAUCUUUUUAAAUCAGGAGCUGUAAGGGGGAAAUCAUUGACAGAGGGGCCAGAUAUAGGUGCAACAUUCACGCACAUUCCUAAUUCUGUAAGACUCACAUUAGCUCUAUAGCUUAGCCACACAUCCCUGAUCCUUGUUCAAGCACAUUGUGUACUUAAUGAAAAGCUUUAAAAGAAUACACUUUUAACAAAUUGUUGUAUUAAUUAUUAUAAUUAUAAGUAAGUGAGGUCACAAUCAGAUUUGUGCCCCCUGAAACCACCCCCUAGUUCAGUCACAACAAGGGGAAAUCAGGAGAGGGAUUUUUACAUAAAACCCAUUUUUAGUUUUGUUCCAUUUCCAGAGGCUGUGGAUUUAAAACUAUUUAUUCUUCUUAAUUUGUCAUUAAUACAAUGAAUAUGAUCUGAUUUAAUUCUCAGUUUACCAGAAAUGAUUUUGUAUUUUUAUACUAAUAACUUUUAUGUUGUGUGCGCUUUUCAAUAAA